AUGAAGAUUUUAGUAUGAAUUUUAGUGGUUUUGAGCCUUGGAGUUCUACCAGGAUGUGGAGAGGGAGAAGAGAGGUUUGGGAGGAGGGAGGAAGGUUGGGGAUUUGAGGCAGAGGAUUAUGAUGCAGGAAGGAUUUUAUUAGAGCCAUAUGGGUCAUUGUUUUAUGCCCUGAUUAGGUCAAGGAUGGACCCUAGUAAUGAUCCUUUUGUGAUAUGGCUCAAUGGAGGUCCAGGAAGUUCAUCUAUGUUCGGCUUGCUUAUGGAAAAUGGACCUUGGAAAUUAGUAAAUGAUGGAGAUCUUGAGAGAAAUGAGUACUCAUGGAAUAAUAUUGCCAAUAUACUCUAUGUUGACCAACCCUUUGGCACUGGAUUUAGCACUGUAUCAAGCUCGGAAUAUUUAGUCAAGAAUGAAAAUGAAGCCGCUGUUUAUUUUCAUAGAUUUUUAGUAUCUUUUAUAGAGAAAUUCCCAGAAUAUAAGCAUAGACCUCUGUAUCUUACAGGCGAAAGUUAUGCGGGAAGAUAUAUUCCAGCAAUAUCUAACGAAAUCAUCAAACAAAAUUAUUCUACCAUCAAUCUGGUUGGAUGAGCAAUAGGAAAUGGAAACUUUGAUCCAAUUGUGCAAAUCCCUGAGCUUUCUGUUUAUGCUCUUGAGAAUGAUUUAAUUACAAAGGACCAAGCUGAUAAAACUUUAAUUGAACAUUUGGAACGAUUAAAAUUAAACCGAGGAGACAGAAUAAGAUGAUAUGAAAAUUAUUUUUGGCAAGUUUGGGAACUUGUAUUCUCUCAUAGAGCAUUAAACGGAUAUGACAUCAGAACUUCUUCUACAAAAUGGAAUGUUCAAGAGCUGACGAAUUUUUUUAAUAAUGAAAGUAUACAAAAAAGAUUAAACGUGUAUCAAAGUGAAUGGGUCUUAGUCUCACAGAUGGUGCAUAGUCAAUUUGAUAUGUUUGAUACAACUAAAAUUUCGUCAAAUGUGGAGAUAGGGUUGAGUAAAGGCAUCCGGUAUUUUAUCUUUGCAGGAGAUAAAGAUUUAAAUUGUAAUUGGAGAGGUAUUGAAGCCUGGUCUAAUUCCAUCGGAUUUGACUGUCAGGACACAUUCACCUCUUCCAGAUACCAGAAAUGGAAUGUUGAUGGUGAAGAAGCCGGAGAGUUCAAGCACCAUGACAAUUUCACUUUCUUGAGAGUGUACGAGGCAGGACACAUGGUCCCAAUGGAUCAGCCAAAGAGAUCAUUGGCUAUGCUCCAGAGCUUCAUUAAAAAUGAUUUUAAAGAUAUUAUUUAA